UGUAACGGUAUUUUUGUUUUCACAAAUCAAAAUUCUAAUAUACUCCCGAUUUAUUCUUAAAAUUACUUUCUUUGUCCACAUUGAAUGCGAUGGAUAACAGCACAAGUCAGGAAAACUUCUGGCCACCCAAUUUCUGGAAUCAAAUAAUAAUAGCAUUUUCGGUUUCUAUGGUCAUUGGACUUGUCAUUGGAAGCAUAUUCUGGGGCGUUUUGACUUGCCUGUCUAGCCGUAGAGCCAGUGCCCACAUUUCCCAAUGGAGCACCUCAUCAUCCAACUGGCGUACCAGAGCUGCUCAUGGCUGUGUGGCCAGCAGGCCUGGAUUCUAUCGCAACAGCAUCUGUGAACGCCGAAGCAAUCUCAGCUUAGCCAGCCUCACUUUCCAAAGGCAAGCAUCUUUAGAGCACGGUAAUUCUUUCCCAAGGAAAUCAAGUUUUCGGGCCUCCACAUUUCACCCUUUUCUACAAUGCCCUCCACUUCCUGUGGAAACGGAGAGUCAGUUGAUUACCCUGGUCCCCACCAGUACCACCACCACACCUACUGGAACUUCCACCAACAGCUUCACUCAUCCAGAAUUCACUUGGUCAAAUAACAGUCUUCGUGUCUUCCAUUCAACACCAACUCCGCCUCCUGCUUAUGACUCUAUCAUAAAGGCUUUUCCAGAUUCUUGACUUCAAUUCAUGAAAUUCAAUUCUAUGAUUUCUUGUGGGCUGUUGAAGAUACCUGGAAAGCUUACUAUGGCCAAAAGGAACUACAGUGCUGGGACAGGAGGGAUCUAGUGAAACCUGAGCAUUUGGUGUGGUAACGGGAUGUUCCUCAACUUUGAAGAUCUUUCUCACGAUUGCAGCAAUCUGCAGUAUUAAUGCGUUUUUAUAAUUAACUUGGCUUAUUAAGCAUUGUCUUUCAUUUAGCCCAGUGUUUUUCAACCUUUUUUGUGCAAAGGCACACUUUUUUCAUGAAAAAAAUCACGAGGCACACCAC